CCCAUCCGUGCUUUGUCGCCUCUCUCUAUCUUUCUCUCUCUCCUCUCCCACUGCCGUUCCCCAAACUCAGCCUCGGCUUCUCUUCUCUGGACGGGGGGCGGCUGCCGGCGUCGACCUUCGCGAGGAAGGAGAGGAGGCCGUUGGAUCCCGCUGGAUUCGAUUGGAUUAGGACGGGAUAACCGCGGGCAGAUGCGCUGAACUAUUGCCGUGUGCAGUGAGCGAUGGGCGACCUUGCUGAUCUCGCGGGUGCGGGCGAGGCGGCGCGUUCGCAUCUCGCCGCCGGCGGCCAGCGGGACAGGCUGGCGGCUCUGCUGGAGCUCGCGGCGGCCGACGACGUCGCGGGUUUCCGCGAGGCGCUCGCGGGGGGAGGCGGCGAGGGCGACACGGCGGAGCUGGCGGACGGAGUGGGGAUGUGGUACGGCCGAAGCAAGGCGUAUGAGCCGCGCACGCCGCUGAUGGUCGCCGCGACUUACGGCAGCGUGGAGGUGGUGUCGCUUCUGCUCGCCCUUGGUUGUGUCGACGUCAACCGGCGCCCCGGCGUCGACGGCGCCACUCCGCUUCACUGCGCCGCCUCCGGCGGCUCGCGGAACGCUGUGGCCGUCGUCAAGCUGCUCCUGGGUGCCGGCGCCGACCCGGUAACUCCCGACUCCGCCGGUCGCUUGCCUGCCGACGUCAUCUUGUCUCCACCUGCUUCGCCCGACGCCUUGGGCGAUCUGGAGAUGCUCCUUGGCCGCCGCCGAGGGCUCGCUGUCGCGACCUCGGUGCCAUCGCUCUCGUCGUCCCCGCCGCUCUCGUCCUCGCCGGAUGAGAGCAACAGGUCGCCGUCCUCGCGGUCGUCUUCGUUGUCUCCGAUUACCGUCGACCGUGCCAAGAAGGAGUACCCGGUGGAUCCGACGCUGCCCGACAUCAAGAGCCGCGUGUAUGCCUCCGACGAGUUCCGCAUGUUCGCGUUCAAGGUGCGGCCAUGCUCCAGAGCCUACUCGCAUGACUGGACAGAGUGUCCGUUCGUGCACCCUGGCGAGAACGCCCGCCGCCGGGAUCCUCGCAAGCACCCAUACACGGCGGUGCCCUGCCCCAACUUCCGCCGCCCUGGUGGCUGCCCCAGCGGUGAUAGCUGCGAGUUCUCCCAUGGUGUUUUCGAGAGCUGGCUCCACCCGUCGCAGUACCGCACAAGGCUCUGCAAGGAGGGCGCAGCUUGUGCCCGCCGCAUCUGCUUCUUCGCCCACGAUGAAGAUGAGCUCCGCCAUGUGCCUCACAAUAGUGGUGCAGGUCUGCUGUCUCCCCGUGCCUCUUCAUCCAUUGACAUGACCGCUGCUGCUGCUGCUCUAGGGCUUCUACCUGGAUCUCCUACCAGGCACUUUGUGCCACCACCUCUGUCACCAUCUGCUGCCAACAAUGGUGGAGGUGCUGCUGCUCAUUGGCUCCAAGGUAGCAGGCUGCGCUCUUCUUUCAAUGCAAGAGAUGCACAGGCUGAUGACCUUGGCUCGCUCCUGGAAUGGGAAUCUCAAUACCUUGGAGCGCUCAGCCUCCCACAAAGCAGCCGAUCCCAGCCCCGUCUUUCUACUGGUCUGACUAUUCGUCCAACAGCAGUUGCUCCAUCCUACCUCGAAGAGAUGUAUGCUUCAGACAUGGCUAUGUCGCCAAGGUUCACCAAUGACCAAGGUCACUCAGUCUUCUCACCAGCACACAAAUCAGCUCUUCUAAACAAGUUUCAUCAUCAACAGAAGGGCCUUUUGUCGCCUGUCAAUACCAACAGGAUGUACUCACCAAGGGGCCUUGAUCCAUCAAUUAUCCAUUCUCCAUUUGGUGGCAUGUCUCCUCGGUCCCCUCGGACUAUGGAGCUAACAUCUCCCCUAAGUGUCCGUGUUGGUGUUGGAGCUGCUGUUACUCCGCGUGAUAUGUUGGAUCAGUUUUCUUCCCUGAACAAGCACCAGGUGCCAUCUGUGGGAUCGCCACGGAAUCUUAAUGCCUCAUGGGGCAACAUUGGUACCCCAAAGAGUAAGGUCGACUGGGGUGUGGACGACGACGAACUAGUGCGCUUGAGGCACCCUGUGCAACAUGGAAAUACAGAAGACGAACCAGAUGUGUCUUGGGUGCAGUCACUGGUAAACCAUGCUGAGCUGAAUGGCAAGAGGGGUGAAAUGGCAAGCAUGGCUUCUCCAUCGAUUAACAAGCCUGACCUGAGCUUUUAGGGUGACUCGCUAGAUCAGUGUUAUUGCUUCUUGGCUUGAGCAGCAAGAUGCACUUGGAGCCGAAGUAACUGUCAAAGAGGCCUUUUGCUCUCAAGGUGGAUGAAACCAUAUUUUUGCCGCGUUAGUUUCCGAGAAGAAUAGUUAUUUGUCCUAGUAAAUAAUAAUAUUCUUUUUUUAUUUCUUGAAAUUUUUUGUUCGCAAAGUCGGAGAUGGUGUGGUCUUCAGGAAAGCAUUUGCUCACAAAUUGGUAGCUGAAAGAAGCUGUCGAGUAUUGGUAAACAGCCUCGUUACCUUGGAGGUCCUAACUAGUAUUCUUUUGAUUAGUUCAGAUGAGGUGAAAAUUCAUAUGGUCGACCGUGAGAGUCGACAGUAAUUGUGUUGAUCUCUGUAACAAGAGAGGUUAUAGAUUUUUUUACCCCCAUUUGUCAAUGAACAAUUUCAUAAAUACAUUGAUAUUUCCAGUU